AUGAGAGUUACGGUAUGCUUGAUGUUGUUGGAUGUCACUCCACCAAGCUAUAAUACUACAUGCAAGCCAGGGGUCUCAGCCUCUUCUUCGCUAAAUGCUCUGGACGGUACGACGCGUUGCUACACGACAUUGGGGCUAUUAGGCGUGUAUAAUAACGAUCCAACCGACGAUCUAACGUCGUCAACUGGCCAAGUUACACGAUCGUCUGGUGAUACAUUCACUGCCAGCACAACACAAAUGAUCUACGAACAGUUUGGGUCUAGUUUGAUAUCAUGUGGGCCGUUGCUCAAGAAAGAGGGUGUCGUCAAAACGCCGGCAAAUGCCAACUACCUCGACGGUGAUUCGGUAACAUUUUCAUGCAAGCCGAAGUAUUACAUUCACAUGGUGACAUUGAAAGAACCUGUCGUAACGGAACCAUGGUCGCCUGGAUGGUGGGCGUGGUGCAGAGAUCGCAAUCUUGAAUACGCUUUGAAGUGGAUGACCGCUUUGUUAUCGAUAUUUGGAAUCGUCAUGGUGUUCAUCAUCUUCUUCUGCAUUUUGUGGAACAUUCGGCGAAAAAAGCAACAAGAACAUGCUCAGCGAAUGUUGGAGAAGGCAAUCGAGGGCUCUUUCCAGGGAGGAGGCGCGAACGGUCGAAUGUUCGCCACUGCCAACUCUAAACAGCGUCUAUCAAAGCAGAGUCUCAGCCUGAUAAAUGAAAAGGAACCACUGCGAACUGACUUGUUAAGCACGUUUGAAGACAAGCCGUCAUAUAUGCGAGACGAUUUGGCUACAUUAGACACGAAUCCCUCAUACAUGCGGGAAGAACAACGAAUGGCGCCAUCGUUCUACCAGACACGUGAGAAUGUGCCACCAAUUGCUUCGUCCAUGGUUGAGCGCCAGUUUGGCACAUCUAUGGAGCCUGCUGAGCUUCGAGGGAUGGUAGGAGCUCCAACGCUGGAGCGACGCCAGUACACCACCAGCAUGCAGCCUACUGAGAUUCGGCGUGAGAUUGUGGGUGCUCCUUCUGUGGUGCAGCGCCAGUACACCACCACCAUGCAGCCUACUGAGAUUCGUCGUGAGAUUGUUGGUGCUCCUUCGAUGGUGCAGCGGCAGUACACCAUCGGUAUGCAGCCUACGCAGGUUCGUGAAAUAGUGACUGGUCCGUCUGUGGUCCAGCGGCGGCAGUACGACACGGUGCCUCAGCUCUUCGAGACUUCUGCGAUAUGA